UAAUUUCCCAGGAAUGAUGUUGUUCGCAAUUUUUGUUUUCGUUUCUGUGUUGUACCCGGAGGGUCUAUGUUCCGCUGGGAAAGCCGUUUUCAGUGCUCGGGUCGAGAGCUGCGGUGGAUGACGACUAAAUCGGAUGCCGGAGGUGAAGGCUUUCAUCUACGACGACAUUCCCAUUCAUAAUGUGGAGUUCAAGUCCAUUCCUGGAGCAGACCCUGUGAUCAAGCUGCUGGACGCGGAGAAGAACGUCCUCAAGGAAGUUCAAAUAUCUGACAUGUCGCGUGAAAAAAUCAAUGCAUUGAUGCAGAAUUUCGGAUUCUUCAAGAAAUCGCAGCCGGGAGAACCCGUUCCGAGCGAAAAGAUCUCGGGACCUUAUCAUGUAUUUUCUGACGAUCUCUGAAACAUUUCUGGUGACUCCCCCGUUUUUUUGCCCGAGCCGUUAUGAUUUCGAAGGUGCGAAAGUCCCUAUGCCUCUUCGACUGAUGCUAGCUUGGGAAGACGGGGAGAAUUGCCGGGGUUUUCGCGAGUGGUGUUGACUUUGUGCGUUUGUUUUAUCUUCGGAUUAAAACGGUUGUUUUCCAUUUUUA